CGUAAUUGGUUUCUUGAAAACACGAUCUGCAGAAAAGGUUAAGGUAAUGGCUUCAGUUUCCACUGUCUCGAUGCUGGAUUCCACAAUGGAAAUUGACAAGCUUACUUAUGAAAUCUUUUCUGUCCUGGAGAACAAGUUUCUCUACGGAUGUGAUGAUCCGAAGCGGUCAUCGGUGGCCGGUAAAGCGAGAGUUAAGGUGCGGAUUCUUUCCAUUGAUGCUGGUGGGUCCACAGAUGGGGUGCUCGCCGCUAAGUGUUUGGCUCAUUUGGAAGCGAUUCUUCGCCGGAAAUCUGGAAAUUCCACUGCCCACAUCGCCGAUUUCUUCGACGUGGUUGCUGGCUCCGGCGCCGGAGGGGUUCUGGCUGGGUUGCUUUUUACGCGUAGGAAAGAUGGGGGUGCUCCAAUGUUUACUGCUGAGGAAGCGCUGAAGUUUAUAGUUGAAAACGGCCGGAAAUUUUCGCUGGCAUCACCGGCGGGGGUUUUCCGACGGGUUUUCCGGCCGUCGAAGGUGUUCAAGAAGGUUUUCGGAGGUUCAACUCUGAAAGAGAUGGUGAAGCCGGUUUUGAUCCCGUGCUACGACCUCAGGACCGGCGCGCCGUUCUUGUUUUCCCGAGCCGAUGCUGUGGAAAUGGAGGGGUGUGAUUUCAAGUUGGCGGAGGUGUGUGGGGCCACGGUUGCGGAUCGAACGGUGGAGAUGAAGUCAGUGGACAGGAAGACGAGAAUCUCAGCCGUGGGUGGUGGGGUGGCGAUGAACAAUCCCACUGCUGCCGCCAUCACUCACGUCCUCAACAACAAGCGCGACUUCCCUUUAUGCAACGGAGUGGAAGAUUUGUUGGUGGUGUCGUUGGGCAACGGCGAGUCAGAUUCCGGCACCGGAAAUUUCAUGUCUUCGCCGGCUUCAUUCGUUUCCAUUGCCGGAGAUGGAGCCGCCGACAUGGUGGAUCAAGCAUUAUCACUGGCAUUUGGACAAGCAAGCAGCAAGAGCAACUAUAUUCGGAUUCAAGGCCAUGGAAUUUUUGGAAAGAGACAUUCUCAAAUUUUAGAGGGCAGAAAAAGAACAUCGGCAAGUGAUAUUGCAGACGAAAUGUUGAGACAGAGGAACGUGGAAUCUAUACUGUUUCAAGGGAGGAAGCUCGCCGGAAUCACAAAUUUGCAGAAAUUGGAAGGCGUCGCCGGCGAAUUGAUGAAGGAGCAAGGAAGGAGAAACACCAGCGUCUUGCCGCCGGUUGUGCUUCUCAAACACUCACACUCAUCGCCCUCUCCCAGAACAUCCUCCUCAACCACAUUAUCCUCCAUUUCAUCCUCCUCUUAAUUAUGCAUGAUUUGCAGCUCUGUAAUAUAUAAAUACACCAUAAUUUUACCAUAUCCUACAAAGUUAAUUAAUCAAUCUUUUAGGUUAUUA